UUCGCGGUCAUCUUUUGAAAGUAGAGUUCGAUUCCUAUGGUGAAAAAGUACGAGAAAAUUUGAUAGCCUCAUAUUUCUUGUGCUGAUAUCUAGAUAGUAUGGUGUGGACGAAAGAUCAGGUCGAUAAAUAUGUAGCGCAAAUGCAGAGACACUGUGCGAAUGCAAGCGAGCGAAGUAACAAAGGGUUUGCCUUUGCUAAGCUGUACAAGGAGGUAUCGGAUUAUGAAAACGCAAUGAGACAUCUGGAAGCUUACAUUGGCGAAAAUGAGACUGAUUUUAGGGGUCAUUAUCUCAUGGGGCAGCUGUGUGAAGGAAUGGGUGAACUAGAAAGGGCUGUGGCUUCAUAUCGCAGGUCUUUGGAAUUGAAUAACAGUCAAAAGGAACUAGUUUUGAAAGUGGUAAAAUUAUACUGCAAUGUUCCAGUUCAUCCAGAAAGAGCUAAGGCAUGGGCAGACAGAGGUGCUCGUCUGUUUCCUGGCCAUCCAGAUGUGUUCAGUCUGAGGUUGCAUCUUCUGGAGUCAGCUGAAGUUGGAGAUUAUGAGGCUCUUGAAGAUUUGAUUUCUGAAGAACUUAGCAAGAGGCCCAGAGAAGUUGACUUACAUGUAAGAUUGGUGAGACUGUAUGCUGUGAGAGGACGUCUUGAUGAGGCUUUUAGUCAUUGUGCGACAGUUUUGAAAACAAAAGCCUUCCAAGACAGUCUACCAUGGGUUGCAUGUAGUGUGGAAAUGUUUGAGAAAUACCUUGCAUCUCUGGAAAAGCACAUACUGGAAGAUGAGGCAGUAGGUACUGGUAACAGCAUACUUGAUGUACAUGCCUACCUUCUCAUUGCACUUUGUCAGUUUUUGGAGCUAAAUCUCCGUGAAUGCAGCACUCGUGAAGUUAUCAAUGUUCUCUUCAGGUUAGAUCACUGUUUGUUUAUGGCUUAUGGGCGUAAAAUCCGCCAGUCACCGAGACGAUCAAUAUCAGGUGGACCAACUGAGUGGGAAGUGAUUCUAUCAGAGAUGAAAGCUCAGCUUUACAUGUACUGCGGCACUUUUUUAAUUCGACUUGCCAAGGAGAAAUUUGUAACUUGGCCUAGAGGGCUGAGAUUGGCUUGUGCCUGUUACUUGGCAAGUGUCAGUAUUCUUCAGCCUGAAACAAAGACACCCUGGGUUGCUAGAGCCCCUAAAAACAAAGACCCUCUCAAAUGGUACAUCAUGGCCUGCUCAAGGCUCAGCCAAACUGGGCAUUUUCUCAUGGCCACAAGAGACAAGCUAGGUCAAGAUUGGUUGGACACCUGUCACACAGACUGCUGCUCAAGGCAGGGGCAACAUGACAUCCUCAGUGCACUUUACAGAGAUGAGAGAGAUUUGUCUAAAUCUUUCUUGGCAUGUGAUGAAGACUAUUGUGAUACUGAGAUGACAAUACCAGAUGUUGAUCAACUGGUUGGUUGGGAUGAAGUGGCAGUUGGGGAGAAUCCUCGUAGCCUGGAAAACAUGACCUGGAUUGGAUUACACUGGUAUCAAUACAACAAGGAAAUGAGGCCUGGAGUGGGUAUCAUGGUGAAGGACAUUUUUCCAGAGCUGAGACUUGAUGUUCCAAGCAUUGAGAAACACAUUGCUCCUAACAUGUUAUGCUUGAGGGACCUAGAGGCAUUUGUUUAUGCAGUUGUAAGGACUUCAGCAGCUAGAGUUCUGGAGGACAAAGACAUUUUUUAUGAGGAUUAUGAGCCUCAAAUUCUACCUCAGCCGCUUUGUGAUACUCUAAGCUUACCUGUUCAACAGGAGUGGUGGACAUGUGCAUAUAAUCUCUACACUGGAAAAUUCAGUGUUAAAGAUUCUAAUAAAACUUGCCACACUGUUCAGUGUGGUAUGGAGAAGAUACGAGCUGUGGACGAGAGACAUGGCCAGGAAGUUCAACUGCUGAUCUAUCUUGCUAAUGCCUUUGGAUCAAAGGCAACAUAUCUGAAGGGAAGUGUUCCAAAUCCAUGGUUCUAUGAGGAGCAUUGGAAGAGUUUGGAAAAAUGGAGUUUACACUUCUUCAGACAGGCAGCCAAAAUCUUGGAAAUGCUUGAAAAGAAUGAGAGCAUACCAUAUUGUGGGAAUCCCUUAUUUCUUCAUGUGUUUGAUGAACUAGAGGAAGAUGAUUUGAAGACACAGUGUCAGUCUGUGCGAUUGGCAAUAGGAGGUGGCCUUUUGAAGGAAGGGAAGAUCUUUGAAGCCAUGGAACUCUUUGAACAGGUCAAAACACCUCCAGGGCUGUACAAUCUUGCACAGGGUUACAAAUACCUUGCACAUGUUGAGCAGUGUGCAGCAACUGAGGAAUCCGAGGCGGAAUCCACUCUACCAUCCCAGGAGUAUUACCAAAAUCUGCGAAAAGCACGAGAAUUACUUCAGUCUUACCUAAAGAUGGCUAAUUCCUCUGAUAUUGGUCGAAAGGCUGUCAUGGAUGAGCUUACAGAAAUAGAGAGCUUGAUGAAAACCGGAGUUUUACAGUCUAAGCCAGCAUCAGGCCAACGUCUGGACAGUCAUCAAAGUUCGUCUUAUCCGGGAAGCCGGCGUAGCUCAACUAAUGCAUCAGAGGUACAAGAAUCCGAUGACAAUUUCUGGUUGGAUCAGCCACAUGACGCCAGCACAAAAGAUCUGAUUGCUAAACUGAGUGAAGUGACUCUCAAUAAUGGCUACCUGCAAGAACAAAUGGCCAUUAGAGAUGAGGCCAUGAACAGCAUGUCUGAGCAAAUACAACUUUUGCAGAAACAAUUGAACAUAAUACAGGCGUCAAGUUAUGGAUAUCUUUCAUUUCCUGAUGCCACUUCACUUUAUCCAAGUCCAAGAGAUCAGAGUAAACCUUUGUUCGAAUCCACGCCGGCUGGUACAAAGCAUAUGUCUGCAACGAAAAGCGGAAAACCUCUUACUUCGCCUCGGAUCAAGGGACCAUUAAAAAUUGAUUCAAGUUUCUUUGCUGGGUUAAGCGCAAGCAACAACCCAGAAAAGCGAGUAGAGCAGGCUGAGGAGCUUGUGACUUCACCUGUAUCGCCUGGAAGGUCAAGACAUGAUUCCUCUACAUCAUACACUGAAGAUGUUCAUUUUGAGCCACUCAUACCCCUCCCUGAACGAGUUGAAGUACAAACUGGAGAGGAAGAUGAAGAGGUCAUGUUCAGUAGCAGAGCCAAGCUGUAUCGCUAUGACAAAGAUGUAUCUGCUUGGAAAGAGCGCGGUAUUGGCAUAUUAAAGAUUCUGUAUAACUCAGAGAAGGGACGUAGUCGAAUAUUGAUGAGACGCGAGGCAAUCCAUAAGAUUUGUGCUAAUCACUUCAUCACAAAUGAUAUGAAAUUAACAGAAAAGAAAGGCACGACCAAUGCGUGGAUUUGGAAUACUUUUGCUGAUAAUUCAGAGGAGAUUGAGAAGCAAGAGCAAUUGGCAGUGAGGUUCAAAACCCAAGAUGAGUUCCUAUUGUUCAAGAAGAAGUUUGAGUACUGUCAAAAUUUACCAAAGAAAGAUACUUCUAACGUACAUAAAACGGCACAAUCCACAAACAAGAAGACUUCCGCCCUCAUGGGUAAAUUUGCUGCAAAACCUGGCUCUUGGUCAUGCUCUGUGUGUUUAAUUUCCAAUGAAGAACAUACAAGUGUGUGCAUCGCCUGUGGAGCUGCCAAGUUGUCAGGAGUAAAUGCAGCUGUCUCCCGCCCUGAGGCUUCCAAGUCUGGUUUUCAAUUUUCGAGUGGAGCAACACCAAGUAGUUCACCACCACUUGGUUUGCAAGGAAAACCUUCAUCUGAAGGCCCAUCUUUAGUUACAAAUGUCGAUGCAGGAACAACAUUUGCCGUUGUGAAUAGUGGUCUUGAAACAUCGGAUGGUUCCUCAAUCAGCUCCUCUUUUAGUUUUUCAAUAGGAAAAGAUGCUAACAAAAUUAUUCAUACUAGUUCUACCGGGUCGCAAGUUGACUUUGGAAAGAGCGGCGUGCAAACGCUGAAUACAGCCUCGAGCAGUUUGCCAAUUAGCUUUUCACUCAGAGAAAAUGGUACCAGAAUAGAGAAGACAAGUUCAAGUAGUUCGCCAUUUGUGUUUGGUACUUCAUCAGACGGAACAACUCAUAACAAGGCAUCUGAGUCCGAAGAAGGAGCUGUACCAAUUCAAGUGUGUGGUGUAUCCUCCACUCUGCCAGCAGGGACAAAGCCUCCAAUGACUCAACCAUUUGUGUUGGCGCCCUUUGGAGUCCCUGCUAAUGCAGACAAAUCAAACUCCCCUGCCUUCACUUUUGGCUCGUCAGGCAUGGCUGGAGCAUCAUUUCCUUCCUUGUCGACAACAGAGAAAGCUGCCUUUGAAAACACUCUGUUGUCUACCGAAACGUCUGUGUUUGGUGGGACACCACAACUGGCUGAUCCCGGCGUGCCAUUUGGUUCCUUUAAUACUGGGAAGUCCCCAUCUUUUGAUCCAGAUUUAUCUGCAUCCGAUAAACAGGCGGAUCCUCAAUUAGGCGAGAAAAAUGAGGGGGACAGUCAAGUGCCACUAAAUGUUUUAGAGCAUGCUUUGCAGGGUCAAACUUAUCCUCCGUUUUCAUUUAGUACGCCCACCACCAAUCUAGGAAUUUCCGAGCAGAAAUUGUUUUGGCAACAACCCACUGGUACCUUUCAGUUUGGUCAACUUCAGUCCCUUCCACCUCUCGGUGGAGCUAAUUUGUGGCACCGGGGAACAGGGCCGCUCUCGGAUCCUGCCAAAUCACAACUUAAGGGUACUCCACAGACGCCAGAAAUGUUCCCUCAACCGUUUACACAUUCUCAGAUGCAAGGGGCAUUUACUUUAAGUAGCAGACCCGACAUGGACUUUUCUAGCAGUGAGUUACUUCGACGCCUUGCUGCUGCAAAAGAACAGCAAGAAUUAGUUACUCCAGACUCCCCAGCCGGAGGCUAUGACUUUACACCUUAUGUUGUUGACGAGCCAGGAGAGGAGUUUUCCUUGCAUGGCACAACCGUGCCUACAUCGUUUGUAGCAGAAGAAUAUGACCAUAAUCAUGAUGAUGAUGAUGUUAAAUACAUUGAUGACACGGAAGAUUCUGACGAUGAAACCAUAAGUUACUCUGCCACCGACGAUGAAGAGGAUGAAUUAGAUAAGUCUCCCUCGAGAAUGCCAGCCAUGCAACCAUCUCAAGUGCAGGUACAGUUUCAAUCUGGUAAAGGAAAUGUGGUAACCACCCCAGUGAAACCAGUUCCGAUUCAUUCCGUCCCAUCAGAGAACAUUGGGCCUGCCACUCUUCCUUCUCACGUGACUGGGAGACGUUUUUUGACAGCUAAGAGUCCACUUAAGGCAACAAAAAAGCAAGACGAAGACUGUGUUCUCGUUUAUGAAGUUCGUGCCACAAUAGGUGAUCGCGAGAAAGCAUGUCGCCUUUGUCUACCGGUAAAUUUCUUCAAUUAUACUAAACACUCACCUUGCAGUGGAUGCUAUGGUUAUGGGAUAUCAAAAGAGCCUAUGAUAUCAAAGAACGAGAAUGAAGCAAAGGGCACUGAGCCCAGAUCUAAAGAUGGUGAUCUAAGGCCAAAACUAAGUAUACCCACCUCACAUGUGUUUGGAGAGUCCUCUGCGGUUGGUCAACUGACAUUUUCAUCUCUAAAGCCCAAAGAAGACGAUGCAUUUUCCAUGACUCAGGAAAGAGAGAGCUUUAAACCAUUUCAAGGAGCUGGUAAAGAGUUAUUUGCUGAGACUAGUGAAGACGUCGAAGGGCAAGAUGACGAUAAACUUCACUUUGAGCCAAUCAUUGCUCUCCCAGAUGAAAUUCAUGUUGUGACAGGUGAAGAAGGUUUAGAUGUGCUGUUUUGCGAGCGAGGCAAGCUAUACCGGUUUGACAGUGAUUCUAGUCAAUGGAAAGAACGAGGGCUUGGAGAAAUGAAGCUCUUACAGCAUCCAAAGUCUGGUCAAGGAAGAGUGCUCAUGAGACGGGAGCAGAUAAAAAAAUUGUGUGCCAAUCAUUACAUCAGUGCUGGGAUGGAACUCAAACCCAAUGUUGGAUCAGAUCGUUCUUGGAUGUGGUUCACUCCAGCCGAUUAUACCGAGGGUGAGGCGAAACCAGAGAGGCUCGCCAUUAGGUUUAAGUCUGAAGAAAUUGCUGGAAAGUUCAAGGAAGUAUUUGAUGACCUCAAAGAGACAUUACCCUUAGAAACUAGCCCUGCAAAGGAGGCAGCUGGUAAUGAACAAGGAACUGGUUGUGCACUUUAUAAGCAAUUUUUGUCGAGGUUUGCUCCUGCUCCAGGUUCGUGGAUAUGUGAAGUGUGUGACGUUGAUAACAAUGCCGAACAUUUACAAUGCAUUGCAUGUAACUUUGGUAAGACUGCAACAGAACCUCAGGGAACAAUGUCCAAAGCCAAGGAAGAAAAUUUGAAAUCUUCAGGACCAGUGUCGAAUGCUGGGGUCCUUCAAUCAGAAGCAGCAAACACUGCUCAGGACGUAAUAAAGGAGCCUUCUCAAGCUUCAUUCACUAUCCAAUCACCUGGUGGCCUGGCACUGGCUAGCUCGAAACUCUUUACUAUUGGACGUGGAGAUCCAAAUGAAGAAAAAGAAGAUGAAAUUUACCUGUCUCCAAGGAAGACAUCUUCUCCUAGUAAGCAAGGAAGUAUCUUGCUGCAAAAGCCUGCAACGACACCUGAAAAGAGUAACUUACCCAGUAGUCUUCCGUUUGGUGGAACAACACCUGUGAAGUUCACCUUCAGUUUGACAGUUUUACCUGGGUCACCAUCUCGCAAACCUAAAUCACCAUCAUCACCUACGACGCCGUCAUCUCCUGAGAGUCCUGGCCGUGGAGAAGAUGAUGGUCCGUAUUUCGAGCCCCUAAUACCACUUCCUGAUAAGGUGGAAUGCCGAACAGGAGAAGAAGGUCAAGAGGUGCUUUUCUGUGAACGUUGUAAAUUGUUCAGGUAUGACGGUGAUACAUCGCAGUGGAAAGAAAGAGGUGUUGGCGAUAUCAAGAUACUGUGUGACUCGAAAUCUAAUAAAAACAGGAUUUUAAUGAGGCGUGAACAUGUCUUGAAACUCUGUGCUAACCACGUGAUUUCUACGGAUAUGAUCCUGAAGCCUUUUCCAAACUCCGAUAAGGCAUGGCUCUGGACAACACUUGCUGACUUCUCGGAAGAAGAAGCCACAGCAGAGACUUUAGCUGCAAGGUUUAGAACAAGUGAAGUUGCUACUAAAUUCAAAGAAACCUUCGACAGUGCUGCACAGUUGCUUGUAUCUAAACCAGAGAAGGGUCUGUCUUCAUCAAAACCAGAAAACGAAGAUGAUGAAACAGGUGAUGAUAACCACGAUGGACCACAUUUUGAGCCGAUUAUUCCUCUUCCCGAAAAGAUUGAUGUCAAAACUGGUGAAGAGGAUGAUGAGGUAAUUUUUUCUCACCGAGCCAAGCUAUAUCGUUUUGUUGCUGAGUACAAGCAGUGGAAAGAGCGAGGAGUUGGGGAUAUAAAGCUUUUGAAAAAUAGACAAAGUGGAAAGAUGAGAGUUCUGAUGCGGCGGGAUCAGGUGCUUAAAAUAUGUGCAAAUCACCAGAUAACCGCUGACAUGAAACUACAGCCCAAUGCAGGUUCAGAUAGAUCGUGGGUGUGGAGCACAAUGGCAGACUUUUCAGAGGGGGAAUGUAGAGCUGAGCGACUUGCUGUGAGAUUUAAAUCAGAAGAGACAGCCAAGCAGUACAAGGAGAAGUUUGAAGAAUGUCUCGAAAUGCUAAAGAACCCGACACCAGUGAAACCACACAUAGAACCCAAGACCAUAGAUGCCAAAGAAGAUCUUGUGUCCAAGUUUAAACCUGCUGAAGGAUCGUGGGAAUGUGCUGUCUGUAUGGUAAACAACGACAGCGAUAAAGUAGCGUGUGCAGCUUGUGGAAGUAUUAAACCAGGAGCAGAACCAAGUCAAGGCCAAAAGAAGGAAGCCAAAUCGUCGUUCCUAUUUGGAUCUGGCGCCUCAUCCUCCGGCGGGAGCUUUACGUAUGGCUUCGGUGUAUCAAGUCAAGAGGGUGAUACGAAACCAUUUUUCACUUUUGGUAGUUCGAACCAAACAUCGAGUCCAAGCUCGGGAUUUUCAGUCACCUUUGGUUCCUCAAAGCGAGGUGGACUUGAAAGUGAAUAUCAGUCAGGGGAAGGACAUCAAGAGAUUAUCGAAGAAACGGCUGAUGAUCAAGCGAUUGAUUCCGCAGGCGAUACAGAGAAGACUCUCUUAACCAAGGAAGAACCACUUGUAGAAGACUAAAACGAAACUGAAAAUCAGAUGGGUGAUACCGAAAUGGAUGAAGAAGACCGUGAAAAUUUCGAUGAUCGCAGGAAUAGAGACGACGUGUCUAAGGAGUAGAAUAUUGUUUACGAUAGGAUGUAAGAAAGACGAGGUAGUGCUUGAUAUUUCUUCGACUGGAAUUUGAACUAAUAAAUUAGAUGUAAUUUAAGGGAAUUUUUUCGAUAUUAAAAGAACACAAAAGUACUUAAGGAGGUCGCGUAAGCCGGCUGUCACGCAUGGCAAUCUUUAAGUGCAAUUUGGCUUUUUUCGGUAGUAAUUCUUCUGAAAAUUAAGUGUAACAAGAGAGGAGCCACAAGUUUAUCUUUAUAACCCUCAAAGAAAGAGGACUCAAGCUUAAACAACGAAAGAUCGCAAAGACUGAGAACAUACAUCAUUAGGUAGGCUCGCUGAUGUACUAAAGUAAUAUCAAAAACAUGUUCUUUAGAACAUUUCACUACACCCGCAUUUGCAAGGCGAGCGGCUGCGAGAAGGUCGAUUAAGAGAUCAUUUGCAUUUUUUAAAGAACGUCGAUGAGGUAGUAACUUUGUGCGAUGAAGAGGCUGUACCAUUUGUACAUAUACAAAACUUAAAAGUCAGGGAGAACUUGUCUUGCAUGCUCACUGGUCGAACGACGUUCAAAACUAGGUGUUAGUGGCUGGUUUCUAACCAUUUAAUGGAAACGUUUUGUCAUCUUAAAUCGUUCAUAUGCCUUUUAGGGCUAAUCUUAGUAGCUGCGAUUUCGUGUGUAGUUAUUUUCUACAGUAUGCACUUACUAAAGAUAAUUUUUUUUGCAAUAAAGGGGUCAAAAAGAAA